AUGGAGGGUAUCAAUAUCUCGUCUGUGAAAACAUUGAUUAAAACUGGAGCAUGUGUCAAUACCCAGGGUGGGAAAUACACUAAUGCACUCCGGGACGCUGCAUACAGAGGAAGAACCAAGGUAGUGCAGAUGCUACUCGACGCUCACGCCGAUGUCAAUGCCCAGGGUGGAGAGUAUGGUAAUGCCCUCCAGGCCGCUGCAUACGCCGGAGGAACCGAGAUAGUUCAGAUACUACUCGACGCUCACGCCGAUGUCAAUGCCCAAGGUGGAGAGUAUGGUAAUGCCCUCCAGGCCGCUAUAUAUAGAAAAAGUACCGAGAUAGUACAUAUGCUAUUUGACGCUCACGCCAACGUCAAUAGCCAAGGUGGAAAAUAUGGCAGUGCCCUCCAGGCCGCUAUAUAUGGAGGAAGCACCAAGAUAGUACAGAGGCUACUCGACGCUCACGCCGAUGUCAAUGCCUAG